AGGAUAGGGGUGUUGCCGCCUCUGAGACACUCAUCACUGAGUAACAGCAGCAGAGUGGGAACACAGCUUCCUUCUCUUUGGAUAUCACAAGGCUUUAAUUUUCUUGUUAUUAAAUUUUUAUUUAAGAAAAAAUAUUCUGCUGUAAUAUUCAACACCCUUUAAGAAAGAAACAGCUGGAGAUUCAGCUGAAGAGGAGAGCUCAUUGUAGACCCUUUCAGGACCUUGGACAGCGAUAAUGGCUCCAAUGAUGGAGAGCGGAGCUGAGCCCGUGGCAGUACCGGUGGGCGUUGCCGUAGUGAGUGUUUUUGGCCUCGUCUUCACUGUGUCAGCCUUCACUUGGAUCUGCUGCCAGCGCAAAAACACCAAAUCCCAAAAGACGCCCCCAUACAAGUUUGUGCACAUGCUCAAAGGGGUAGACAUCUACCCGGAAAGCCUGAGUGGCAAGAAGAAGUUUGCCGCAGCUGCCACCACAACAGUCAAUGACGCCGGUAAAACAGAUGUCAACGGAAACUGCCACACCACGCCAAUGAGUCCAUCAAGCACCAGUAAACUUGCAACAAGCCCAAACGGUUCCAGGCCGGCUCUGCAUUUGGACCUUGAGAAGCGGGAUCUCAAUGGCAAUUUUACCACCAAACCUUUUCACCACCACCAUCAGAAGGUGAGGUGCUCUCCAGAUCUGGAGCUGCCCUCUCCACACGCAGGGUUUACCCAACCUGGUGCGAUGGACCGCCAUGACCUCCCUUCACCAUUCAGCAACCUCUCCAGCCAGGCACCAACUCCAGGUGUGGAGAGAGCUCAUGUGGAGGAGAAGGAGAAUGGCCUGGGUACUCUCCACUUUUCCCUUGAAUACCAACAAGAAAAGAAGGCAUUCAUUGUUCACAUCAAGGAGGCCAAUGGUCUAUCUCCAACGGAUGAACAGUCCCUCACCUCUGACCCCUAUAUCAAGCUAACUCUGCUCCCAGAAAAAAAGCACCGAGUGAAAACCAGAGUCCUUCGAAAGACCCUUGACCCCUCUUUCGACGAAACCUUCAGUUUCUACGGGAUCUCUUUGUCCCGAGUGACGGAAUUGUCCCUUCACUUCAUGGUGCUGAGCUUUGACCGCUUCUCCCGUGACGAAGUCAUCGGAGAGACCCUCGUUCCUUUGUCUGGGAUCGACUUGUCAGAGGGACGCGUGCUAAUGAGCCGAGAGAUUAUCAAGAGGAACAUCAAGAAGUCUUCAGGCCGAGGGGAGCUGCUGCUGUCUCUGUGCUACCAGUCCACCACCAACACUCUGACUGUGGUCGUCCUCAAAGCUCGUCACAUUCCCAGAACUGAAAACAACGGGCCCACAGAUGCAUACGUCAAGGUGAACAUGUACCAUGGAAAAAAGCGCAUCUGCAAGAAGAAGACCCAUGUGAAGAAGUGCUCUCCCAACCCCGUCUUCAACGAGCUCUUUUACUUUGACCUGCCCUCCGAAGAGGGUCUGCGAGACACCAGCAUCGAGCUUCUGCUGAUGGACUCUGACAACUCCCGCUCCUCCAACGGUGCAAUCGGCCGCCUGGUCCUGGGGACGGCGGCGGCAGGCACUGCCGGCGAGCACUGGAGGGAGAUCUGUGACCAUCCGCGGCGUCAGAUUGCCAAGUGGCACGACAUGUCGGAGGAUUAGAAUGCUGCUAUGACCUGGUGCCAUCUGGAUAGCAUGAGACGUACCUCCUGCUGGACAGUUCUUUUUUUGGGGGGGGACUUUCAGUUGUGAAGGAGAGUGAACUUUAAAGAUUGGGUCAAAGGGUAGUGGCGCAUUCCAAGUGAUGUCAUUAACCAUUCACCUAUUAAUUCACUUUAAAGUCAUUGGGGCUCAGUUGGCAGGCGGGGCAUCACAAGGAUCACCGUAGAGCUUUACACAAUUCCAAAGACUGUCACCAGUAACAUGCAACAUCUCCAUGGCAACUAGCAGUUGUUCCUGUGGAGGUUUUGCAGUGCAGAAUGUCUUAAAUGUCUCAUUUUUUUCCUCUUCGAUUCUUUCUUCUGCUCUUCCUCUUAUAGAUAGCAACCUCGCGUGGAAAGCAGAACCAAACACAUCUCACAAUGCUGUAAAAAGUGUGGAAUAUUAAAGUUUAAUUUUUUUUUUUCCUUGCCGAUGUAGAUUUCUAAUGUAUGUUACAUUGAUUUAUCUUCUGGUUGUUGAUUUUGUAAGUGACGGUGGUAUUUCAUAUAUCAUGACUGAAGUCAAAUAAAGCCUAAAUUAGGUGGUAUGGGAUUUGAAGAGUGGGCUGAGUGCGUUGGAGACGGUAACUGUGUGUGUGUGUGUGUGUGUGUGUGUGUGUGUGUGUGUGUGUCUUUGGGGAGCAGUGUGUCCGCGCUGACACAGCUGUGCGACUGUGUGGGUGUGAGAUGUGAGCCGCAUUACGUUCAUCCUUGGUGUUUUGUCGCCGUUGCCGUGAGCACAAACACAGCUGUAAUGUAAAUGUACGUACCUUACUAUAAAAGAUGGCAAGUUCUGACAAAA